AUGAAUCCAAACUCCCGAACGUUGCAGUGUUUAUUACUAGUAGUUCAUGUGGCCUUCCUGAUAGCUCCUAAAGGCACGGGGACACCGAAACAGUCAACAUGUGGGGCGCCGUAUCCAGACACUCGGCCAACGACGGAUAAAAAAAUGUUUACGCACGAUAACAAAAAAUGCUUUCCUACGAAUGCCGACAACACAGCCACGUUCGUGGCCGACGCUGAUGUGAUGACGUUCCACACGAAGGACAGUGCUCAUUGUGCUUAUCUGACCUUGGCAGCAUUGAAGGGUAAAACGUUGGAAGCACUUAUCCAUGAAACUGGCGUCAUGUUGGUGGAUUUACCCACUUUUUCUGAUAUGAAGACAGUGUAUAAGGCGGCUGGCUUACCAAUAAAAAAAGUGGUCCAGUUCCUAAGCAUUACGGGUGUUCAAUGUUAUUUAAGUGGACGUUUGCGUAAUGGUCAAACAGUUCAAGCGCCGUUCGGCUGGACUGUUAACAAACCCGUUGAGUCUAACCACAUGGUAGUACUCGAGGUGUCGAAAGAUGCGACCGGAACUCUUAGUGGACGAUUUUUGGAUUUUUCAUACCCGGCUGGUCAAGGUAGAGAGUCAACGACAUGGCCGGUGGCAGACAGUGUACCCCUACGACAUUCGCCAUUGUCCACGCGUCAUUCGCCAGUACCUGUUCUCAUUAUUCAUUGGAGUACUCAUCCUCUAUUUUUGGGUAUACCGUACGCUCAACCUCCAUUAAACAAAUUAAGAUUUCAAACACCAAAAUCAUUGAAGAAAUGGACAAAUAUAUUUGAAGCUAAUAAAUUAGGUCAUGGUUGUAUAGAAAAUUGUACAGAUCCACAAAGUACAAGUAGCGCACCCUUGUAUGAUUUAAGUCGUUUAGUUAAUUUGACAUAUGUAAUAAUUGUUACAUUCAACUAUCGUCUAGGGGCAUUUGGUUUCUAUUUUAAUAUUGAUAAAUCACCGGUUGGGGAUUGGGGAUUAUUCCAUAAAGUUUUAAUACAAUCACCAACAAUUGGUGUACCAUUUAGAACUAAAGAUAAUGCACAACAAUUUAACAAUCGCUUCUCAAAAUUAUUAAAUUGUCGUUCAUCUUCGGAUGAAUUACAAUGUUUACAAGCGCAGACUUGCCAAGAAAUAUGCCAGGCACAAACAACAACAGCUGAUCUAACAGAGUUAAAUGCGUUUUCUAUACAAAAAUUUCGACCAUGGGGACCAGCUCUAGGUUUAAGUCGGUUUCGAUUAAUUUAUAAUUCAACCCAAAUAUUUCAAGAAGUUAUUCAUUAA